CCAAAGGGACCGGCCCGGAUGGGCGUUACCGGGGUGUCAGAGGGGGUGGACCCUACAGGGUGGAGUUUAGUUCCAGAGAGGCGUGCCCGGAUGGGCGCUUUUAUUGCUAAACUCCGCCCCCCUCCCAGCUGGUGACAGGAGUUAGUGCGGCGCCGGCGGCUCCGGUAGAGGAGCGGGACUAUGGCGCCGUCACACGUUCUGCGCUGCUGCCAGAGGGUGGUGGGCUGGAUCCCGGUGCUGUUCAUCACGGCGGUGGCCUGCUGGUCUUACUACGCCUUUGUGCUGGAACUGUGCGUCUUUACUAUUAAAUCCAAUGCUGAAAAAGCUGUCUACAUGGUGAUUUUCCACCUAUUAUUUAUUAUGUUUAUAUGGUCUUAUUGGAAGACGAUAUUUUCACGUCCUGCAAAUCCGUCCAAAGAGUUUUGCUUAUCAAAAUCGGACAAAGAGCUCUAUGAGCGAGAGGAGAGGCAAGAGUUUCAGCAGGAGAUCCUCAAGCGCGCCGCUAAAGACUUGCCCAUUUACACCACGACUGGAACGAGAGCUAUCCGUUAUUGUGACAGAUGCCAGCUGAUAAAGCCAGACCGAUGUCACCAUUGCUCCACCUGUGACGUAUGUGUGCUUAAGAUGGACCAUCAUUGCCCAUGGGUGAAUAACUGUGUGGGAUUCUCCAAUUACAAAUUCUUCCUGCUGUUCCUGAUGUACUCCUUGCUGUACUGCUUAUUUAUUGCCGCCACAGUGCUUCAGUAUUUCAUAAAGUUCUGGACGCUUUGCCGCAGCAAAUCUGAAGAGAGUUGUCCACAGAAUGAGCUUCCCGACACUCGCGCCAAGUUCCAUGUCCUUUUCCUGUUCUUUGUGGCUGCCAUGUUCUUUAUCAGCAUAUUGUCACUCUUCAGCUAUCACUGUUGGCUCGUUGGGAAAAACCGAUCGACUAUAGAGGCCUUCCGUGCUCCCUUGUUUCGAAACGGUCCAGAGAAAGAUGGGUUUUCUCUUGGUUUCAGCAAAAAUCUAAGAGAAGUUUUUGGCGAUGAGAAGAAGUAUUGGCUACUCCCUAUGUUUACAAGCUUGGGAGAUGGUUGUUCUUUUCCUACUCGUCUUGUACUUGGAGACCCAGAACAAAAUGCUGCCACUGUCCAGACGGAUUCUACCAAACAUGUGGGGCCCAGCAGCCAGACGUUCCCUGCCAGACCUCUCAGUGAGUCCCAGAAUCGCCUGUUAGGAAGUGAAAGUCAAUGGACUGACAGCGCGCCAGGGGAGGAACCCACUGAUAAAGGUGUGGAGAGCCAUGUUGCUGUGCUUAUUGAGAGCUAAUUUUUCAUAUAGCGGCUUCUCUAAUUGGGGAAAGAGAAAUUCCGCAGCACAUUUUUGUGCUCGAGCAACCAAUCCAGACGGCAGAGAUCCACAGGUGGAUGUGCCACAAACACACCUACAAAAAAAAAUUAAAAAAUGUCAAUAUAAAAAUCGCACAAACCUACUGCCAUGCACACUGAUGAAUGUCGAAGUGCCACCACAACGACUCACAACUAAUGCCUUACAAUUUAACACACCCGUUGCCCCCUUGCCUGGGAAAAACAUUGCUCAGAAAAUGUAUUAUUUUUAAGUUUCAAACUGACCGCGAUUUUACAUCAAGAAAGGCGGCUGCGUGGUUUAUUGGGUUCCCCCCCCCCCCCUUUUUUAAAUGGUAACUGCCGAUAUAUACUGUAAUAACAGGGCUGCUAGGAUUGGCUGUGUUAGAGAGAUCUGUACCUAUGGUUUUACAGCGCUGUUGUCCAUGAUAUCACUGGCAAUCUCCAGAUGCCACCGAUUGCACUGCUUCCCUUGUUCCUGCACAUUUUUUUUUCUCCCUAAAGACCUCAGUAAACGUUUCUAUUCAAUGGCAAACUAACAUUCAGAGAUGGGUCAACCGUGACGCAAAGUGUAAUGCCAAACAGCAUCUAUCAAUGAUAAAUCUGCCUCCAGAACACGAUCUUCAGUCGUUAGUGAGAAGCCAAAGUCAAUGUUUCCUGAACGGGUGAUCGUUACAUUCCAGUGUGAAUAUACAGUAUCAGUUCUGAGCUUGCCACGCUUUUAUCAGGUCACAUGAUUACCAGAUUUCAGGGCUUCUGUACCAAAGGGAUCUUUUUUUAUUUGUUUAAGUCUAUGGAAGUCCACAGGAAUGUUCUGUCUGUUUGUCUCACCGCUAUAUCACCGAGCUUGGCUGCCUCCGGACACUUGUCUCAUGGAUUCUGUUUACAGAUUUUCUUUUUUUUUUUUCUUUCAAGAAUAAAGCCAUUUCUGUUGGCUAGAAGGACCAGAAUAUACUUGGCCGGCUUUUAAUCAGAGAAACUUAGGGGCACAUUUAUCGAAGGUUGAGGAGACUGAACGAUUUGCCAAUCGAUCUCAUACGGUUCCUGAAAUCGCAAUGUUUAUUAUGUAUCAAACUCAAAUUGAUCAUCAGUGUCACAUUCCCAGCACAGAUCACAGACAUACCACUAAGAUGAUUCUCAGAUUUCACUUAUGGGAGUUGGACGUGUGUUAAUUUUUUUCUAAAUGUCGUCUGUCUUCCCCAAUAGGCGACUACAUGGAAUGCUGGGAUUCUGUAAAAUGACCUCUUAACAGUUUCAGACCUUUCUUAGAUAUGGUCAGAUUUAAGGAAACCUACAACAGUGAUACAGGUAUAGGAUCUAUUAUCAGGAAUGCUUGGGGUCUGUGGUUAUCAGGAUAAUAGUUUAGAUCUCUAUACCAUAAAUCUGCUAAAAAUCAUUUAAACAUGAAAUAAACCCAAUAGGAUUGUUUUGCCACCAAUAUGGAUUCAUGCAGCAUAGUUACCAUCAAGUACAAGAUACUGUUUUAUUAUUACAGAUGAAAAUCAUUUUUAAAAAUUAAAAUCAUUUGCUUAUAAUGGAGUGUAUGGGAGAUGGACCUAGUAUAAUUCAGAGCUUCCUGGCUAUCACAUUUCUGGAUAAGGGAUCCCAUACCUGUACACGUGAGAUUGCACAAUUUGGCACAAAUGCACAAUUUUUUAUUCCUGUGCCCACUAGAAAUUGUAAGGGUCCCACGGACUCCCCACCACCUUUAUUUUUACAAAUAGGAGAAUACGUGCAAAGCUGAGAUGAAAGCAAAUGCCAGAUGAUUUAGAGAUGUCAUUGUGUUACAGUGCGACGCCGGGGAAACCUUUGCAGCCAGCUUUAGUGCAACACAACAGUAUACGGCUGGAGUGAUUUUAUAUCAGAGACAUUAAUUUAUACUGCUUUUUAUAUCUUUUUUUAUAACAAUUCUUAGCGAGUUCUUUAUGUAUGUGCACAGAGGUCUCUUCUGUAUAUGUGAAUUCUGUACAAUAAUGAUUUUUUCAGCUUACUCUAUUGGCAAUUAAAGUCAACUAUUAAAACA